AUGCUUUCUCCUCGCAGACAUAGAUCGAAAGGCAACGAGACUUUCAAUUUUAUGCUCCGAGUGGUCAAUUCUUCGUUUGUGUUCAGCUUAUUGACUCUACCCUUUUACUUCUAAAUGAUUGGAAUAAUAUUCGGAGUGUUUGGUUGCUUGUUUUUCUUUAUUUUGAGUUUCUUCUAAUCUUUACUUCUAUUGGAUCUGAAGUACUAUGCUCGAUCCAAGAAGAAGCAAGGAACUCUAACAAAGUUAUUUGAACUAUUUCAAAUGCCCAAGUACUCAGCUGAUAUAUAUCGUGGCAUCAUGAUAUUCAACGCAUAUCUUUACAUAGUCCUACUGAUGAGUGUAUUUCAGUCUUCCAUAUAAUCAUUAAUAUAUAUGAUGGCCAAUAACAAUAUUAAAGACCAGUGGGCCCAAUCCUUAGCAUCACAGCAAUUCAUAUAAUUCAUCGGUAGUCUAUUGAUGAUUCCAUUUUUUGUUAAAUGGAAAUACCCAGUUUACAUAGUUGCCAUUGCUAGGAUUUUGGGUGUCUUUUCUAUCUUUUUUAUCGUCAUAGCUUCAUUCGACCUUACACACUCCAUAAACAACACUCUCUACCCUUCGAGUCAGAAAGUUGUACAAUCCUUCAUUUCAACACCAACGAUUUUGAUGGCCUUUGCCUAUCACUCAUAGUUUUUUACAGGGAGAGCAUCAGAAAGAGGAUUUGAGAACGAUGAUGACAUCGAAAAGAAAUUAAAAUAAGGUGCAUUAUUUGGUUCGUUGUUUUUACUAUGCGUUGAAUUAACAUUCUCAAUUUUGGCUGCAAUUGCAUUUAGCUCUGUAAACGUUGAUCUCUAAUCAUUAUACGGAAAUUUAAUUAGGAUGGUCUACCAAUCGAAAAACUUCACUCCUCCUCUAGGUAAUUCCUAUUUCUACAUAUUCUAUAUUCUGAUUGCAGUAAGUGCCCAAUUGCAAUUAUUAUAAUACAUUCCAUAUGUUACAGUUUUAGUACUCAACAUUUGGGAUAAAAAACCAUUGAUUCCUAAAGAGAAGAAUGUUGAAUUCAUGUUAAUAACUGAUGGUGAUUUUCAUAAGGAAGAUGAAAAAGACAAUAAAAAAUCAUAGACUAUGAAUCACAAAUUUAGAUAAUCAUUUGCUAUUCAUGAAGAGGCCAAACUCAAGUAGAACCAAUAGUUUUCAUUUUAUGUGACUAUUAUUGUUUAUAUACUGGCAUUCCUCUUUGCCAUGGCUAAACCUCCUAUUUUACUAUUAAGUUGCUUAAUGGGAUCUACUUCAUAGAAUUUUGUAACUUUUCUUAUACCAUCCAUUUUAUAUCUGGAUAAGCAAUUUAAGAUCGACGCUGAUAUAUAUAAAAAAUGCUUUGCCUGGUUUACAUUCAUUUUUUCAAUAUUCUUUGCUAUUAUUUCAAUUUCAUUUGGUUUAUAUGGACUGUAUACAGAUUAGAUUUGA